UUUCUUUUCUCUGUUUCUGUCUUUUUCUCUUUCUUUCUCUCUUUCUUUCUCUCUCCCUCUCUAUCUCUCCCUUUCUCUCUCUCUCUCUCUCUCUCUCUCUCUCUUUCUCGUGGGCGCGUGCUUUCGUCGUUUUCCUCGUCCAUGUGCUCGCCAGUUGCAACGCGUACCGCGUACCAAACGAAUGCACUUUUGAUUAGACCUUAAUUAGAAAGAAUUUCCUCCUUUAGUUUAAUCCAGCGAUGUUUCCAAGUCGUAGUUUUCACAAAUUACGAUUUCCUAUAUCUCUCUCUCUUUCUCUCGCUUUAUUUUUUUUUAUUUAUUUUUUUUUUUUAUUUAUUUUUUCCCCUCCCAUAAAUUAUAUCCGGAGAUUUUCCAUUGAAAUCGUUUGAAAAACUAUUGAAAGAAUAUCCUAUAUGAUCCAUGACUCCACUUGUUUCCUCUACCGAGAACAAUUUUAACGAAGAAUGAUUUCACCCGUUAAGAUUUGAUAGAUCUGAUACGUCAUAUCGUAUCAUUCAUUGUCAUCCAGUGUCAGUUGUUGUCAUUGCCGUCAAAGUCAUUCUAUUCGUAUGUGUUAACGUUUUGUAAAAUUGACUGACUUUAUAUAUAUAUACAUAUAUAUACAUAUAUAUGUGAGUAUGUGUGUGUGUGUAUAUAAUACAUACUAUUCGAUGUCGUUGGUACACGCUCGUUAAUAUUCACCGUAAUUCGCUUUAUUCAACAACUAGUACUUCGGCCAAAGUUUAACGAGUGCGAGCGUAUAAAGAGUCGAGUGGCGAAAGGAGUGUAGUUGAAAUUAUUAAACGUUCGAGUGUUUCCGACAUAACGCGCGAGCGUUUAGCCAGUGGAAAAACGAUUUGCCCGUAUAAAUUGUGCAAGCAUGCCACAAUCGAAACUCUCGAGUUUACUAGUAACGACCUGGUUGCUCGGUACGAUAGCCUGUAAAUCGCGCGUCGACGAGCUCAUUCAAAGUUUCAUCGAAUAUGAGAUCAUUUAUCCGAGAAUAAUAACGGAUAAUCUAUCCUCAUCGUUACGUGAUCAUCGAUUACCAUUCGAAAAUCAUUCGAGGAAUCUACAGGAGGAAACGACGAUCAACGUUAUUAUUAAAAAUUGGACGUUGAGAACUACGAUCAAUGAUCGAUUAAUACUUUCGAAGGAUCUUCAUUCACGAGGAGGAAAAUAUUUCAAUAAAAAUUUCGACUGUGAUCUAAGACAUGGAAUCGUCGAAAACAAUGAAAAUAUUUCGUCUGUUGUUCUAACGAUUUGUUUGGAUGAAAUUUAUGGAUUUGUCAUUGUCGACGGUAGAUCCUACUUCAUUGAACCAUUGACAAAUGGCCGGCAUAUAUUUUACGAAUCGAAUAAUACCGGAUGGUGGUCGUCAUCGAGGAAAUCGUCGAGAAAUUUUGGUCCAUCGAUCGAAAUUUUCCCUUUGUAUUAUACCAAGAAAAAGGAUGAAUCAAGAAAUUUUACAAGACGAUUGAAACGAGAAAUUCCAAACAUUAAAAGUAAUAAUGGAUUUUAUAAUCUCACCGGAGAUGUCUUUGAUAUGGAAAAUUUUGAUCUCGGUGUUGGGGAUAAUGAGGAUUUCUUGAAAAAGGAUGAGGACGUUAUGAUCGAACGAUUGUCACAAAAAAAUGAUCCCGAAGAUGUCGGUUAUUUUUCUAAUCCAUCUUGGAGCAGAAGCAAAGUACCGAAAAGGAAACAACUGCCACGACGAUGGUUGGAGGUUGCGAUUGCUGUAGAUUAUUCCGUCAUUGAGUUUCACGGUCCACGUGUUCAACAAUACGUUCUGGCAUUACUCAAUAUUGUCAGUGCCAUUUUUAGAGAUCCUUCUCUCGACUCGAAUAUGAUUCUCGUUGUUGCUCGUGUAAUCCUUUAUAAGGAAAAAAAGGACAGUUUGAUUCAAGAUGGUAACUCGAAGAGAUCGUUAGAGAAUGUCAACAAGUGGAAUCGAAAGCUCUUGUCCUUAUCAAAGGACAGUCACGACAUAGCAAUAUGGCUAACUCGUUUGGACAUCGGUGGUCCUUCAGGAUAUGCUCCUGUAUCGGGAGUUUGCAAUCCUGCGAGAUCUUGUACUUUGAAUCGAGAUGAAGGUUUAACAAGUGCUUUUAUCAUAGCUCACGAAGUAGCGCACAUCUUAGGCUUGACUCAUGAUGGCGAUAAAACCGCUGGAAAUUUUUGCGUCGAAGAAGCAUCUCUUGGUAGCGUAAUGGCUCCUAUGGUAGCUGCGACCUUUCAUCAUUUUUAUUGGUCUACAUGUUCCAAGAAAGAAUUCCAUCGAAAAGUCAAACAGUGGUCCUGUUUAUUGAAUCGACCGAACGACAAUAACACUACACGAUUGAAUAUAAACAUACAAGAAAUGUUUACAAUGGAUGAACAAUGUCGAGUGGAAUUUGGUCAAGGUUAUCACCUUUGUAAAAGUUUUGAAAUUCGUGAACCAUGUUCACGUUUAUGGUGUGGCAAUUCUAAUAUUUCUCAAGCUUGCAAAACUAAAAAGGGACCACCGAUGGAAGGUACUCUUUGUGGAAAAAAUAAAUGGUGUAUAAACGGCCGCUGCGAAUCCAUGGACCGGGAAAGAUCGAACUUAGAGCCACUAUUUUAUAAUCCAAGAAAUGGAGGAUGGAGUGCUUGGAGCUCUUGGAACAAAUGUACCAGGACAUGUGGCAUUGGUAUCCAAUGUAGAUUACGUUCGUGCAACAAUCCACGACCAGCAUACGGUGGGAAAUAUUGUAUCGGUCCGAGCGACGAUUGCAAAAUUUGCGAGUCAGCUAAAUGCACGACGAAUGUUGACCUUCGUGCUCAGCAAUGUUCAAGACUGAUCGGUAUUUUAGAUUAUAAAGAAAUAUCAUCUAAAGUAAAUAUGACCUGGUUGGCUUACGAGCCCGAGGAACAUGAGUUAAAAUGCCGAUUGAUUUGCCGUAGCAGAGAGACCGGAGAAAUUUUUUAUAGCGGGAAGAACCUAAUGAAUGGCACUCCUUGUUCCUACGGUUCUACGGAUAUUUGUAUUCAGGGUGAAUGUAGGAGAAUGGGUUGCGAUAAUGUUUUCAAUUCGGAAAAGAUUUUGGAUAGUUGUGGUACUUGCAAUGGCAAUGAUACUGAUUGCGACCAUGUUGUCAACAAGUUUCAACGUAAACUUCGCCGAGCAAUGACACGUGUAGCUGUAUUACCACGCAAUGGUAUUAACAUGGCAGUGAAUGUUACUAUAAUGAAAACAUCGUUUACCGAUAAAAUUAGUACAACUUUUGUUAUAAUGGAUGGAAAAAGACGGCGGCACAAAGUAAACGAUUUUAAUACAAAAGGUCAUGAGUUAUUGGCAGUCGAGGGUAUUGCUUUUCGUAUUCAAAUAAUUAGUAAUAACAAAUAUGCCAUAAAGACGAGAGGGAUAGCUCUGGAUGAUGUCAUCGUAUCGUUCGUAGUACCGACAGAUGUCGUCAAAUCAGGUACAUCGAUCGCUGUAUCUUCACGGUAUUCCAUAAAUCAUAAUGAAAGAAAUACAGACAAACGAUAUCUAUGGUCAGUGGGUGGGUGGAAUUUUUGUUCUGUCAGCUGUGGAGGAGGAAUACGCAGGAAAAUGAUUGUUUGUAAGGAUGAUAAAACUGGAAGAAUCGUUUCCAGAAGGAAAUGUGCAUUUCUUUCCAAGCCUUUCUUAAAAAUGGAAACCUGUAACAUACAAAGUUGCGAUUACAAGUGGUUACCAGGACCAUGGGAAACAUGUUCUGUUACCUGUGGACAUUUUGGUAUUCAAACACGCCAACUUCAUUGCGUACGUUCUUCCUAUAAUGAGAGUGAAAUAAUUAGUAGUAAUGAAUUGGAAGCUUAUAGGAUUAUAUUGAGACCUUCUUUAUGUGUGGAUCAUCAACGACCAAUUAUUGAGCAAGAAUGUAAUAGGAUAGCCUGUUAAAAUUGUUGAUAGUAAUAUUUUAGAUUCGAUUCUUUUUUCUUUUUUCUUUCUUUCUUUUAUUUUUUUUUUCUUUUUUUUUUUUCUUGUGUUACGAGAAUCGCGAUUUAGGAGAAUUCAGAGAAUUCAACUGCUUGUUCUUAUAACGCAGAUAGUAUCUAGUUGGUACAUAUAUAUGGUUUUAGAAACAACGAUUAAUGAAGAAUACAUCAGGUAAUUCGAAUGUUUACAGGAAUUUUUAUAAAAAUCGAUGUCAUUUAAUAAGUUAACAUUAUUUAUCUAUUGCAGUUGUGACAUCACUUGACCUUGACAAUUACAUAUACGCAAAAGGAUAUUUCAUUCAGAAAGGGAAGGAAUAAUCGUAGACUAAGUUUUCGUAAGUAUUUACAAAGUAGGAUUGAGUAGACAUAAUCUAUUUUUUUUUUUUCGACAAAUAUUAAAUCAAUUGUUAAUUUUUAUAGGAUUCAUAUCCGUCUAAAAAUCAGAACUGUGAUCAAGAGGAACCAUAAUAUAAUGCAACGUAAAGAUCAUUUUUUUUCUUUUUUUUUUUUUUUUUCAUAAAAUAAUCUAUUCUUAAGGGUUUUUUUUCCUUUUUUUUUUUUUUUUACUAUAAUGCGUUUAAAUAUGAAUUUCAUUCUGUAUACUAUCUUGAAUCGUUGGCUUAAAUGAUUAACGUCAAUAAUGGACUAGGUUUUAUUCGUAUCCAAAGUAUACAUAAUGAUAACAUCGUUGGUGCAAAUGAAAGAUUUAAUAAAACGAAAUCUCAUAUAAGCAAGAUGUUAUAGCGUUACAUAUAAUGAGAAAUAUACACUACAAUAAAAAUA